UUGUAGUUUAGUCGAGGUAUCCAAUUUAACAAAAAAAGUCUUUUGCCAAAAGUCUGGUUAUUCCCUGUGCUCUCUUAAAGCCUUGAACUUGAAGUGAGUCACUUCCUGCUACUGCGGAGAAACCUUAAAGCACAGAAAGAGAGAAAUGGCGGCAACGAAGGGCAAGGUGGUUUACAACAUUUACAGAGCUUUGAGCCAUGGCCUGUCUCCAUUUCUCUACCUCCACCUUCACUUGCGUAAACUCCGAGGCCUCGAGCACCCUCUCCGCUGGCCGGAACGCCUCGGCCGCCCCUCCCUCCCUCGCCCGCCGGGCCCACUCCUCUGGUUCCACGCCGUCUCAUUAGGUGAAGGAAUGUCUGCGAUUCCUGUCAUCAAAGAAUGCAUUCAGCGGAGGCCUGAUUUAACCAUUCUGAUGACCACUACGACGUCGUCUGCAUUUGAAGUAAUAAGGAAGCGUCUUCCAACUAGUGUGAUUCAUCAGUUUGCGCCGAUUGAUACCCCUUCUGCUAUGGACACAUUCCUUGGUCACUGGAAGCCAAAUGCAAUUGUGAUAAUGGAGAGUGAACUGUGGCCGAAUUUGAUCAUCGGUGCUUCAGAAAAGGGUAUCAUGCUGGUGUUGUUAAAUGCACGGGUAUCUACUAAAUCUUUUAAACGUUGGUCGGGACCAGUGCUUCUUCCACUUAUUUCGUUGAUGCUCUCAAAGUUUUCAUUGAUUGCUCCAUUGAGCACUAUGCAAGCAAUCCACUUUCAGCUACUGCAUGCCCCACCUUUUGUCAUCAACUUUUCAGGUGACCUGAAAUAUGUCGUUGAAGAAUUUGACAUGUGUGAGGGAGAGAUCAGAAGUAUAGAAGAUUUGACGGUACACCUUGCCCACAGGCAGGUUUGGAUGGCUUCUUCCAUACAUAAGGGGGAAGAAGAAGUAAUACUAGGCAUUCACAAAGUGCUCAUGCAAGAAUAUCCCGAUCUGUUCACAAUUAUUGUGCCUCGACAUCCACAGCAUGGAAAAGAGAUUGCUGAUAAAUUGUGGAGAGAAGGGCAUGGCGUAGCUUUGAGGUCUCAGCAUGAUAAACUUGUCGGAGGAACUAAUAUAUUGGUGGUGGACACAUUAGGUGAACUGAGACACUUGUAUAGGUUAACUCCAGUAGCUGUAAUUGGAGGUUCCUUCUUUCCUAGUCUUUCUGGUCACAACAUAUCAGAAGCUGCUGCAGCUGGCUGUGCCAUUUUGACUGGUCCACAUGUUGGGCAUUUUUCAUCCAUGGUACUGGAAAUGCAACGACUAAAUCCUCUGUCAGUCCUACAGGUUUCUGGUGGAUUGGAACUUGAAGAAGCUCUCAGAAAGUUAUUGAGUGAUGUUAAAAUUCUAGAAGAACAUCGAUUAGCAGCAAAACAAGUGUAUCACGCUCUGUCAAGUGGAAUUGUUGGGAAUGUCUGGAAGCUACUAGAUUUUCAUAUUCUCCAACGUGAUUUGAAUUUAAAAGGAAAUAAAGAUAGUAAAUUAGGGUAAAGUUCAUUUUACUACUCAUUUGUAUGCCUUAAAUUUAGUUAGCCUGGGUAUUGCUAUCAAAUUUUGUUCUUUCUUGGGGAUUUCUGGUUGUGGGCGUUAUUUUGUAUUUGUGUCCCCGCUCAUUAGGUCUCCUUAGGUAUAACAUUAUGAUUUUUUUUUUUUCCUUACAAGGCAAAAAGAACGUUGACAAUGAAGAGAGUGGUUUUGUAAACAGGUAUGUGGCCUGUAUGUCAACUUUUGUAAAACAUAAAACAAUGGAAGGAUAAAUGUAAAACAAUAUACUGUUA